AUGACAAGAGACGGAUACAAGAAGGUUCCUGAUGAAGACCACACAGAGAAAAUCAGCUGUCUAUCAUUCAUGUUCUUUCAUUGGAUGAACAAUGUGCUCAAGACAGGCAAUGAACGACCAAUAGAGCAAAGUGACUUUUUGCCUCUUUCGGAAGAAAACACGUCCUCUUUUCUAAUCGAACACCUUCAGAAAGAAUGGAACAAGGAAAAAGCCAAGUGCAAGGGAAAGAAAAAACGACCAAAACUUUGGAAAAGCGUCCUCAAAUUGCUUCCUCUCAAGGAAGUGUUGAUUCUAACCGUGAACUACGCUUUGUAUUCUCUGUCACGCCUCCUGCAGCCAUUGCUUCUAGGAUUUUUUAUGGUAUCUCUGAUGUCACCAGAAUUACACUCGGUGUAUCUUUUGUAUGGUUGUGCAUUAGGCAUGGGUAUCAAUGCUUUGAUUGGUUCGCUUGCCAUGCACCACUUUGACUACAGAGGUGAAGUGUGGGGACUUCGAUUUAGCAGCGCCCUCAAAGGAUUAAUUUACCUCAAGGUAAGGCUAUGACAGUCAUUCCCGCCCUUCCCAUCUUCUAAGGAAAAAAGCCCUGGGAACGAGGUUGGAUUUUUUUCCCUACAACGACCUCCACAAGAAUAAACCUUUCCUUUAAUUUGAAUACUUCAGCAGCGACCUUAGCCGCAAGAAACCAAACUUUAUUCAGUCCCCUUCUAAUGAUACGUAUAAACAGAACAUAAAAUCCUUUAUGUACGUAUAUAACUAUAGAUGUCUAAACUGAAAAUUUCUUAUUAUCCACUUCCCUAAGGACUCUUUAAAGUUAUUAAUCACAUUUGUUUAGGGGACUUUUUGCCAGACUACUUACGAUCAAUGAAGUAGUAAAUUAUGAAUACCCCCCAAAUAUGAAUCUGAAUUUGACAUCGACAACGGCACCCACCAGGGAUUCCGUCCCCGGAUAUAUGUUACUAAAACCGAGAACCGGGAGACUGGAACUAGCACGGGGAACAGGAAAAUGAAAAAAUGGAAACAAAGUAGAGAGCUGGAAAUGAAUUUAGUGAUAGGGCUGAAGUUCCAGUUAGGUUUUUUUCUCAUCCUUCAUUUUUGCCGUUUCGCGUGCUCGUUCUCCCCUCCCUGUUCCUUGUUUAUUCACAUCCCUCUGUCCCCUGCUAUUACAGAAGAGUGUGAAGGUUUUUAGCGCCUGGGGGAGAGCCCUAUCUUAUUUGGUCUUGGCAGGUACGUGCCGCUAAAGAGAGUUAGUGUUUUAAAGAGGGUGUCGUUUCUGGCCCCGAAGCUUUUAAAAGAGCGGGAAUUAGGUUGGCGAUGAGCGGUCUAUAUUUGUGGCACCGACAACAAAAAUCUAAUUCUAUGAUCGCAGUUUUUUAAACCUAAUUCUGUACGCGAAAUGAGCCAGUGUCAUUUUAUGAGCUCUCUUGUCUUAAACAGGGAAGGAAAGACGAUUUUUGUGCUAAAAGGGUCAUUGUUUGAAGUCCUCGGCGACACUGGUACCCAAAACUCCCUUGAGCGCCGCCCCAGGCUUUUACAUUCCACAAAAUCUUUUAUGAGCAAAGGUGGUGAGGAACCUAUCGUUUAUGGUUUAACCGAGAAGACUGGUAACUCGAACCGUUUGCAGAUAACAAAGGCAGCACUUUCUCCUCAGGCAUUUUAAAGCCCCUGAGCGUUGAUCCGGCUGAGUUGUGAACAUGCGACCUCCCUGUUCAGCGGACUUCUAUUUUUUUUCAUUGGAAUUUUAAGACAAAUUUUUCACGCGCAGGGCUCCUGUCACGCGUCAGUGUUUAAUUGCUAAUCUUUUCAAUCUUUAUAACAAUCAGCUAACGUCUGGUAGUUUAUUUCUUUUCAGACACUCGUUCUCACGAAGAGUGCCUUGCUAAAGUUUUCAACUGGGCACGUGAUCGAUCUCCUAUCAAACGAUGUGCAACGAUUAGAAGAGGAGGCUUUCAAGUUAUUAUUCUCAAUAGUUUUACAUUAUUCGAGGUCGCCGUAG